UUCAAUAUUUGGAAUUUUCUUCGAUCGCCUUCGGCGCUUCGCUACCUCUUUUCGUACCCAUUUAGGGCUUCGAUUCUUUCCCUCGAAUUGCGCUCUUCGCUGGCUUGCUUUCCGAUCGGAUCUUUGUGCCUGUUCUUGCUGUUCGUCGCCGGCAUUCCCGUCAAAUCUAGUUGCAUCGGAGUCGUUCUCCUGCUCCAUCGAAGCUGGAUCUCUCGUUGAGCGGCGGAGCGCAUAAUCAUGGACGGAGUCAAACCCGAAGCUUCGAAGCAGUAUUACGCCACAAGUAGCCUUGUUGUGGGCUAUGCUCUCUGUUCCAGCUUGCUCGCUGUCAUCAACAAGUUUGCUAUCACAAUGUUCAAUUACCCUGGCCUCUUGACGGCAUUGCAGUACUUGACAUCGACUCUCGGUGUUUGGGUUCUGGGAAGGCUGGGUUUUCUCUACCACGAUCCCUUUAACCUUGAGACAGCCAAGAAGUUCUUGCCCGCUGCUUUUGUCUUCUACCUUGCCAUUUUCACCAACACCAAUCUUCUACGGCACGCUAAUGUUGAUACGUUCAUAGUGUUUCGUUCCCUGACUCCCCUUCUGGUUGCCAUCGCGGAUACUGCUUUCAGAAAGCAGCCAUGCCCUUCCAAGCUGACAUUCUCAUCUCUUGUGAUUAUUCUUGGGGGCGCAGUUGGCUAUGUGAUGACCGAUUCUGCCUUCACUCUCACUGCAUACUCGUGGGCAUUUGCUUAUUUGGUGACUAUUACCACUGAGAUGGUUUACAUAAAGCACAUGGUGACGAACCUAGGAUUGAACACUUGGGGUUUUGUGUUUUACAAUAAUCUUCUGUCCUUGAUGAUGGCACCGGUGUUUUGGGUUGUUACUGGGGAGUAUGCAGAUGUCUUCACAGCUUAUGGAUCAAGUUCUGGAAAUUGGUUCGAUUUCGUUGCUUUUGUUGCAGUAGCUUUGUCUUGUGUUUUUGGAUUGCUCAUCAGUUUCUUCGGCUUUGCUGCAAGGAAAGCAAUCUCUGCCACUGCAUUUACAGUUACAGGUGUUGUCAACAAGUUUCUCACCGUUGCGAUCAAUGUAUUAAUCUGGGAUAAGCAUGCAAGCUCGCUUGGUUUGGUUUGCCUGCUUUUGACACUCAUAGGGGGAGUUCUUUAUCAGCAGUCGGUCACCGGCAAAAGAUCACAACGAGAUGGAUCUACAGAUUCUAAGCAGGCCAACAGUGCAGUAGGUAAUGUUGAUUCUGAAGAUGAAAAACAAGGCAAGGGUCUAUCUGGUAAGGAUUCAGCCGUAUGAUAUCAACAUAAGAGAUUAUUCUUCUGAUCUCAGAGACAAAUAUGUGCUAUAGAAGCUUAAUUGUCCUAUUAUAUUUAUAACCUUUUGUACUUGGUUUUUGUUACAUGAGAAACGUUAUGCUAGUGUUUGUUUUCACUACUUAAACCAGCUGGUUAUGCUGUUUGGGCUAAUUAUCUAAUGAUCGUGUCUUUAUCUGAA